GUUCACAUAAAAAUGUAGUCUUUUUUUCUUUGUUCGUGCCCGUCAUGCCAGUCGUGCAUAUCAUAACUGCUGUAUUUUUUUCAUGUAAAUUAAUCUUGUCAAGAAUAAGAUUCCUACAACAUGCAAUAUGCAGCGAUAAUUUUGACGUCAUUUUCAAGAUUCCUGCCGUCUUUGAACUUCUAAUGGUUUUCCUUGGGUUUUCCAAAAUCGUAACCUUGACGCAAAGUGAAUUUGUGUGUUUUCUUCUGUGUUAUUGUGUUGAGAGGGGUCCGUAUUUUUGGUGUUUCAAGAAAGUACCACAGAAUAUCAUUUUUGUGACAACCUGUUGGUUGUUCUUUCAUUUGAUCUUCAAAAUGGAAAAUAGGAUUGUCUGCAACUUUUAGCUGGGGUGAGGAUCACGGCAAACACCAUGGCUUUUAGCGAAGCUAUUCCAGAGAUAAUGGUGUUUAGACCCACCUAUGAAGAGUUCAAGGACUUUUCUAAGUAUAUUGAGUACAUCGAGUCUCAAGGAGCGCACAAGGCUGGUGUGGCGAAGAUUAUUCCACCGAAAGAAUGGGUUCCCCGCAAAGCAGGCUUCAAAAUGGAAGAUGUUGGCGAAAUGGCCAUCAAACAUCCCAUUGCACAGGUUGUGACGGGCCGACUGGGAGCCUACAGCCAGGUGAAUGUGCUCCGCUCGCGGCUCAGCGUUACAGAGUUCCGCGCGCUGGCCGACGGCCGCCACUACCGCGCUCCGCCGCACGACGACUUUGCCGACCUGGAGCGCCGCUACUGGAAGAACGUCACCUAUGUGUCGCCCAUCUACGGCGCUGACGUGUGCGGCUCGCUCACCGACCCUGACUGUGACGUCUGGAACAUAAAUCGUCUGGGCACCAUUCUCGAUUACGUCGAUGAGGACUACGGCCUGAGUAUUGCCGGCGUCAACACAGCCUACCUGUACUUCGGCAUGUGGAAGACCACGUUCGCCUGGCACACGGAGGACAUGGAUCUGUACAGCAUCAACUACCUUCACUACGGAGCGCCCAAAUCCUGGUACGCCGUGCCGCCGGCGCACGGCUGGCGACUGGAGCAGCUGGCCGCCGCCAUGUUCCCCACAGAGUCGCGCCAGUGUCCCGCCUUCCUGAGACACAAGUCUAUCCUGCUCAGUCCGCAGCUUCUCAAGAAGCACGGCGUGCCCUUCAACCGGAUCACUCAGGAGGCUGGUGACAUUAUGAUCACGUUCCCCUACGGCUACCACUCGGGGUACAACCACGGCUUCAACUGCGCCGAGUCGACCAACUUCGCCUCGCCGCGCUGGGUCGAGUACGGCAAGCGGGCCACUCUCUGCUACUGCAAGGACGACAUGGUGCGUAUCAACAUGGACACGUUCGUGAAGCGUCUGCAGCCGGAGCGGUACGAACAAUGGCUGAAGGGUGAGGACAUUGGACCCCACCCGGAGAGGCCCGACAUCAUGGUGCCGUCCCACCCGGGCAUCGCCGACCGGCCGCCGGCGAUCCUCGAGCCAGGGGUGGAGGAGGGUGCCGAGGCGCCGCUGGACGCCUCUGCCGGCCUGCACAAGCGUCACCCGAUCCACGAGCGGACGGGCGGCGACCUGAACGACGACGCCGGAUCGACGUGCUCUCCGCCGCCGGCCGACGUGGCCGAUGUGCCCAUGGACUACGACCAACUACUAGCGCUGCAGGAUGUCUACCUGAAGGCCGGGGUGACCGAUGACGAGGACGAGCUGGAUCUGCCGCCUCUGGGUCCCGGACGCGGUCGGAGACGGCCAGUGUCCGACUCUGACGACGACUACAUGGCCUGCGUGGAGCGUAAACACCGCAAACGCAGGAAGGCGGAGGAGAAACGCCUGCUCAGAGAGAGGCAGUGCAAGAGGCGCAAGGCCAAUAAGCCCGUGGGCGCGGAGUACACGUCAUCAGAGGAGGAGAUGCUGGCGGACGCUGUCAAAUCGGAGCCUAUGGUACCGCAAGUCGGAAAACGCAGGCGGAAGAGCAUAGUCAAAACGGAGGUGAACGCUGAAGGGGAUCCAUCAAUAGAGAUUGACUCGGCGGCUAUUAAAAGCGAGCCUGGACCAUCUGGAAUAAACACGUCUAAGAGAGCAAGACAGAAAGUUAAGCAAGGAAUUAAGAAGGAGGCGAAACUGAAAGUGGAGGAAGACAGUGAGGCAGACGUCAAGUCCGAGUCUGCAUCAGAAGGUGACAGUGGCGAGGAGUACCGUCCGUCCUGUGCUGUGAAGACAGGCGUAGGAGGUGGGAAGCGGACGAUAAACUUGCGCCACCAGCCUGCUCCCAAAGCUCAGCACACAGAUGACACACUCAUCCCAGACCAUGUAUUUGAGGAGUGGCAGCGUAAGUUCUUGGAGAAUCUGUUUGUGUCGGUGGUCGGCUGGCUGCGGGAGAACGACAGUCUGGAGCGCUGGAAGGCUCACCAGCUGCCCUCUGCCACCAAUGAAACUCCUGAAAAGGAUGCCGCGACGUCCCAGACGCAGACGGCGAACGUCGCGAAGCCAACUGAUCCAGAGGCCUCGAAGACGGUUGAAGAACAACUGCCACAGAAGUCUGGAUCUGGUUCUGAACAUCCGGAGACGCCCGCUGAUGAUUCAAAAACGCCGUCGGUCUCGGAUAUCAAUGCUGGAGGGUCUCCUGAUCCCUCCGGGUCUCCUGAUCCCUCCAAAGCGAUCCUGCCGGAUUCCUCCGCAAAACAGCCCACAGAGCCUGCAGCGACAAAGUCGAACGUGUCUGAAGACGUGAAGGUGCCGGACGUACCUGCGACUGAAGAGACCAAAUCUCAAAAACCAGCGCCGCUCGAACAAAUGUCCGCUUUGGAAGUCAUAACCACGCUGACCGUUCCCAACUCAAACGCGGACCCAGGGCUACUAACGCCACCGCCGCCCAAGCUAUCGCCACAGCUUGCUGCGCCCCCGGCCGGUGUGCCCGACGGACCGUCUGUGUUAGAGAGCAACCCGGAGCAGACACAGCCCCCAGAGGUCUCGCUGGCGCCAGAGGAGGGCACGUCGCCGUCGGGUGCGGUGUCGGUCACACCCCCGCCCGCCCUGUCGCCGCAGCCGGCGGUAUCGGAAGGCCCCGAGGUGGCCGACACACUGGCAGAUGAAGGACAAUCAGCACAGGACAAGCCUCCCUCGCCGGGAGCUGCAGCGCCAUCGGAACAGGCGUCGCCGCCGGCUCUCACGGGUGAUCCAUCCACUAGUCCUCCCCAGCCAACCGUGUGCGAAAACCAGCCUCUUUCCCAGCCUCAGACUGAGAAGGAGCCGAGCGCUCCCCCGUCCACCCCAGUCCUGGAGCCCUCGCCAGUUACCCCGAAUCAGACGCCUCCUGAAGUCAUCACCGCAGAUAAGAAGCCCUCCGUAGCAGUUACUCAAAAGCUGAAAAAUGCGGAUCGUCUUACCCUCGUAUAUUACGCGAUGCGGGAUCUUCGAACUACGGUCGGCCACCGCAGGGACCCAUUGGGCCGCUUCCGUUUCUUGGAGAAGCUGAUGAAAGAGGUGAAGCUGUCGGCCUUCAACAUACGCCUUAUCAAACUGCUUCAGAAGGAGUGUCUGCGCUGCAACGCGCCCGGGAUAUCAGAACUUCGCGCUGAGCGGCGGGCUAAGAAGCAGGCCGAAGAGGCGGCCAGGAUGGAGGAGGCACGUAAGGCGGAGGCCGCCAGGAUUGAGGAACUCAUGGCCGAAGCCGCCAGAGCAGAAGCCGCCAGAUUGGAGGCCGCCAAAGCUGCAUCUGAGGCGUCGUUGCAGGACAGUGCAGGCGCCGAUAACAAUGGGAGCAGUGUUGCUCCGGACAGCGCUAAUGAUACCCCUCAGCCAGCUGCCUCCCUGGGAGCUGGUAAGACUGGUAACGGAGCAGUGAGUGGCGUUAGUGCCUCACUCGGAAACGCCAAGAAGGCCCUGGCGACUAAACUUCUCAAUAAGCGCGCCGCGGCGGUACCUGGAGGUGCCAAGGGCCAACAGACGUCCCUCAACGGCAAGACAAUCGUGAUCGUAGGCCGGACGGACGGUGUGGCGGCCUCGCCACAGCGCGGCCAGGCGCCGGCUGGGAGGAAGGCCAACGCCACCCCGCAGCCGCCGCGGGCGCUCUCCGUGCAGGAGGCGCGCCGUUACUUGCAGCUGGUCAAGGCGAGGAUGGCUGGCGAACAGGGCCGACCGACUCCGGCGCCGCAAAAAUCAGCGGCUGUGAGUGGUGCGGGGUCAGCCACCCAGCCCUUGUUGGCGCCCAAACCAGCAGGGGUGACACAGACCACUGGAAAGCUGAAGCUGGUGGCGAAGAACAUGCCGUCAGAGGCGACGAGAUUGACGGUAAUCACCCCAUCCCAGGCAAGACUGCUGUGCCAUUUGAAGCAGCUGAAGUCGAACACAGGAGGGCCGACCAGGGUCCCCAGUAAGCAGCGGCAGCCGGCUCGACGACCCUCCAUUCUGCGUAAGACACCGCAGGCCGCGGCCGCCUGCGCCGCCACUGCCCCCGCCUCUUCUGCCUCCUCUGUCUCCGCCGCCGCCACUGUUACCUCCACUGCCUCCACCGCCUCCAGCCCCGCCGCCGCUGCCUCCACCGCCUCCAGCCCCGCCGCCGCUGCCUCCACCGCCUCCACCCCCGCCGCCGCUGCCUCCACCGCCUCCAGCCCCGCCGCCGCUGCCUCUACCGCCUCCAGCCCCGCCGCCGCUGCCUCCACCGCCUCCAGCCUCGCCGCCGCGGCCGCUACCGCCUCCAGCCCCGCCUCAGCCGCCCAUGCCGUCUCCUCGGCACCUGCCGCCAGCAACCAGCCGCAGAAAUCGUCACCGCAGAAGAGCCCUGGCGUAUUCAAUAUUCGAGCCUCUGUGGCAGAUUCAAUGAAGCGGUACCGGGCCCUGGCUCCGUCUCCGAUCAUCAAAGCAGAAGCGACCCUGACUCCGUCUCCGAUCAUCAAAGCAGAAGCGACGCAGCCUUGUGGCGCUAACUCUGCUCGACAGUCAUUAGCCGUCCGUACUACCAUCCAGCCUUGGAACGCUGCCGGCGUAGGUACUGUGCGCCCCGGCAGAGGCACACCUCGGUUUUCGACCAGGCCGGUGGGGACGGGCCGCGCCCAACCCGGUGCAUACGGAACAGCGACUCCCGGCGGAGCACGCCCCCAACCGCGGGCCGCCGCCACCCGGCCAGGGUUCGUGAGGGUGAAGGGCGUCACCAUUCAGUACCCCCUAGUGACGGCAGGAGCCGGCGGGGAUUAUCGGGGCGCAGCCUCGCAGCUUACCGUUCCGACGACGCCAGCUAACGGAACAAGUCAGAACGUGUCUCUACUGUCAUCAAGAACUAGUCUUCUGAAGAUCGCCGUCACGCCCAACUCGCCGUGUCAGAGCGUCCACUCGACUGCUCAGUCUCAGAAAAACCUGAAGACGGGCGGUCUACCACAAACGGUAGCAUCGCCUCGCUCGUCUCCUCAGACGAUGACCGCUUCCCCUACCCCUGUCUCUUCGGUGGUCACGUCUCCUUCGACUGUAGCAACCUCUGCUACUGAAUCACCUACGUUAAACAGUGAUGAUGCUUCCGCCAUGAAAGCGCUGCUGGACGCCAUCUUUUCCUCACCGACCGCGACGGUUUUAACGCCUCCCGAGACCGGAUCGAACAGUGCUGCCGUCCCUUCGGGGGAGACCGCUGUGCCGGUAUCCACCCCAGGCCUGCAGAGUACAUUACCAGUUGCGUCUGAGCCUUCUUCCCGGACGGCUACUUUCUCCUCGCCACAGCCGAGCAGGAGUGCGUCUGGAGACUCUCAGUAUCAGGCGGAUCCACUGGCCUCCCCUCUACCAGCGCAGAGUUCUCCAUCCAUCACCGCGACAGCUCAGAAGUCGCCUACUAUCUCAGGCGUCACACAACCCAGCUCCGUCCCUGCUCAGCAGACUAUCUACCAAGUGGUCACCACUUCCUCCACGAGCUCCCCUCAGUCGGCUGCGCGCUCAGUUACCGUCACCGUCUCUCAGUCCACGGGUAGUUCGCUACCGAUGAGUGAGACCGUCCCACAAACUGCAGCAGGCGGCUCAUCCUCCGACGUUCUGCCCCUCGGUGCGCUGCCGGAUGAUAACGUGGCUGCCAUCCGACAACUCUGCGCUGCUACGGCUGUGGGGUACGGUACAGCUCCCAAUAAAUCGUCUAAGACGUACUCCGCUGUUGGCCAGCAGCCGCGGCCGACGCUAACUCAGCAGACGCCACCGCAGCCGAUCCCGCCGCGGCCGCAGCAGAUGAUCCGUGGUUCACGCUGCGUCACCUAUCGGUACCAGGAGAACCAGCCGUCGGCGGCGGCUACCAGGCCGCAGCAGGUCCCCACUGCUCCCCGCCCUGUCCCACGUCCGCCCACCGCUCAGCGGCCGCAGCUCCCGUCCAUACAGACACUGAAGGACGGAAUAGUCCAGAAGCUCACCGCCACCCAGCUGGCUCAGCUGUCUUCAGUAACUGUUCUGCAAGUGGGGACAGCGUCGUCGGCGGCCUCGAACUACCAGAACUCCGCGCCAGUAUACUACCGGCCUGCUGAACCAGCCAACUAUCAGAGAACCACGUCGGCCAACUACCAGACCCCCACGCCGGUCGGUCACUACUACACCGACGAACCGAUCGGAUACCGAUCGCGCGCCCCGUCCCGGCCGCAGCACGAGGGCUGGGCGCAGCAUAAGGCGGCCAACAGCGUUCUACAGGCGGCGCUACAGGGACAGGCGGCACCGGCAGCCCGGCCGGCGGCCAGGGCACACUACGGCAGGCCACAGCAGAGGACCGCGCCGCUUCAGAAGGACGCCGUGCCGACCCAGCAGCACCAGGUGGUUGUGCUCGAUGAGGAGCCUGAGAUGCCCGCUCAGCAAACUGAAGUGCCCAGUCAGCAGACGAGUGUGCCCGCUCAGCAGCCUGGAGUACCCGCUCAGCAGUCUGGUGUACCCGCUCAGCAGUCUGGUGUAACCGCUCAGCAGCCGGCCUCCGCGGCCACCUCGACCACGCCCCAGGCGCCGCACCGCCGAAGCAGACCGCCCGGCCCCAUUCGACCCGGGGACUCUCGUGUGCCCAAGAAGGGCGAGUCGGUGACUGCGCUCCACCCGGACGGCACGUACCGGCGAGGGAUCGUGGAGCGGCGCAUAGAACGGUCCACGUUCACAGUCUCCCUGCCGGACGGAUCACAGCGCAGUGAUAUAUCGCCCAAACAGCUCACGGAGAUGUCGGGGAAUAUCUUGUGUCAGUUACCGGAGGUGGGCGCGCCGUUGCUGCUCCGUGCCCCCGCAGACAGCGAGCCCGUGCCGGUGACUUACGUGACACGGCGCUGCUUCGUCGAGUACCAGGUGUCGUUCCGUGACGGCAACCCUAGCGUCUUGGUGCCCAGCGGCAAGGUGAUUCGCCAGCGCACCCUGCUCAACUAGCCGUCAGGGCUCGUCACCCGGUUCCGCGGGGGACGCCGGACGGGCGGCGGGUCUACCCCGGAGCGGCCCAGCGCCGCCGCAGCAGAAGUACAAUAUUGGAGAGUGUGCGGGAGUUCGGACCUAGCACUGGGGGACGAGACGUCUCUAGAGCGCACUGUAGAGACAAGUGAUGGCCGCCCGGGCCAGGCUGCCGGGCGGUGUGUGUGGUCAGUGCCGCGCCGUCCCAGGUCUCGAUAGUGCACCGCGGUCCGACGCACCAUCGCGAACUGACCUGCCCGGACUGCCAGUGAACUACCGGCCGACUGUCGGCACACGCGCGAACAGGCAGACUUUACAAAUACGUGUUUAUGGGGGCUCUGCGCGAAGUUAGGUGUCUACGUUUGCGGUAAACUGCACUGCAUUUUUGAUAAUUUGGUUAGUGAUUUGCAGCGGGGAUCUGUGUUUUAUUUUUGGUUCAUUGGUAGUUUACCUAGCAAGACUAGUUCUAAAUUGUUGCAUAAUGCUGCUUUUGAGAGAAAGAUGGCGGUCAGUACAAAUUCCAUGUUGUAGUUAUAUAAUCGUAGGCUAUCAGGCCAAUCUCAGUGUUCCAAAGACAGUAGACUACCUGAAGAUAUUAUGUUGCGCCAUAUUGCUAGAACGUGUGUCUAUCAUCGGCUUUCCUAUUGCGUAUUUAAUUUUUCACGAAUUUAUCGUUCCGUUGUCUUUCUGUAGAGCACAGCGUAAGUGCUUAGAGCAUAUUUCCAACAAAGUGCGGCUGCAUUCUAUUCCUGACAAUUUCGGCGUUAACCUGAGCUUCAAGAAAGUGUGGUUGCCAUCUAUAAUUCCUGACAUAAUUUCGGCGUUGAGUGCAAGCCCGAGCUUUGGUAAUUAGUGCCUGUGUGUUGUGUUGGUGGCUGACGACUGCUGAAGGAUGUUUGGUCUUGCCAGCUGCCUCUUGCCAGCCGCAGCAUACUCCGCGUGUCUACCCACCCCGAUCAAAUCCUACUUCGGCUUAGGAGAUAUCAUCUUUCGUACGUGACGCUCCUUACGAUUUUCUUUGUACAAACGCUCUUGGGCUUGUGACUUUUGGUCACAUGUGAGGUGUCUCUAACACGCUAUCGCACUUGGACAUUUUUCUCACCAGCCACUCAUUCGUUGUGUAUGCUUUUAUUUAUGGUUUCCUGUGAGAGCUGGGCCCAUUCGGAGGCGUUGAAUAUACGUGGUGUGAGUAGA